GCCCUUCAUUGGCGUAGGAGUCAAGGAAACUCCACGUGAAUCUCUCAGGAGACAGAGUUAAGCCAUUCUUUUCGAAUUCACUUGUAUUUAAUACAAAAUAUAGAGAAAUUUACCUGCUGACAAGAUGGGUAAGAAAGACAAGAAGAAGGGAAAGGGAGCUGAGAAGACGGCAGCUAAGACAGAAAAGAAACAGAGUCAGAAACUGAAGAAGGAAUUAGCGGCGAAAGGAGAAGAAGAUAUUGAUAGUCUGAUUGCCAAAUUUGUUGAAAUGGACAAAGCCAAGACUACUAUUAUGGAGGAUUUGGUACCACCCCCAUCAAGACGCUCAGCAUUCACAAUAACGGCACACCCAGACAAAGAUCAGCUGAUUCUGUUUGGGGGAGAGUACUUCAAUGGAAGUAAGACGUUCAUGUUCAAUGACUUGUUUUUCUACACAAUCAAACAAGACCGUUGGAUUCAAAUAAGAAGUCCAGGUGGACCCACUCCCAGGUCGGCACAUCAGGCAGUUGCCUUGUCGCAGGGUGGUGGACAGCUGUGGAUUUUUGGGGGAGAGUUCACAUCACAGUCACAGUCUCAGUUCCACCAUUUCAAGGACCUUUGGGUAUUCCAUUUCAAGACCAAGAAAUGGGAGAAGAUUCAGGCCCCAGGAGGACCAUCUGCUCGAAGUGGUCAUCGGAUGGUUGCAUUAAAAAAGAAUUUGAUUGUGUUCGGAGGUUUCCAUGACAAUUCCUUUGAUUGCAAGUACUUCAAUGAUGUUCAUGCCUUCAACCUUGAGGAAUACAAAUGGAGUAAACUGGAAAUAUCAGGGAAGGCCCCAUGUCCCAGAUCAGCCUGCCAGAUGGUCCCAAUCUCAGAUGGACGUGUUUUGAUUUAUGGCGGUUACAGCAAGCAGAAGUUGAAGAGGGAUGUCGAGAAGGGUGUCACACACACAGACAUGCAUCUCCUGUGUCCUGAUAAACAUGACACAACUGGCCUAAAGUGGAAAUGGCAGUCGGUGAAGCAGGCUGGUGUCCGCCCUUCCCCCAGGUGUGGUUUCUCCCUGGCCCCAACCGGGAGUGACAAAGCCAUCCUCUUUGGCGGUGUUUAUGAUGAGCUUGACGAGGAUGAAGAGCUGGAAGGUGUCUUUUACAAUGACAUGUAUCAGCUGGAUCUAAUGAAGCCAACUUGGCAUGAAGUGAUUGUUACUGGGAAAAAAGAAACAGCUGAAAAGAAGAAGAGAAGAAGAAAGAAGAAAGAUGGACAAGAAGAGGAAAGUGAAGAUGAAGAAGAGGAAAUGGAGGAGAAAUUGGAGAACAUGACAGUGGACGACAAGAAUGAAAAGGUGGUUGUUAGUGAUGAUGGGGUAUUUACAGUAACAGUGGGUCCCUCUAGCAGCAGUACAGACAAGAGAGACGAGGCGGCAGGGGGUGAGGGCGCGGAGGUCUUCAUGCCUCCUCCCAGAAUCAAUGCAGGGAUGGUUGUCAAGAAAGGAAUCCUGUACGUCUAUGGGGGCAUCUAUGAGGAUGGGGACAAGCAGCUUACUCUGGGUGAUUUUUAUGCUCUAGACUUGAACAAAUUGGAAGAAUGGCAGACCAUCAUCGCCCUGAACAAGGAGGAUUUGGAAUGGUUUGAAUCGGAUUCUGAAGACGAUGAUGAUGAUGACGAAGAGGGUAUGGAUGAUGAUAGUGAGGAAGAUGAUGAUGACGAUGAUGAUGGUGGAAUGGAGACAGACUAAGCUCUGUAUAUGUCUGCAAUGUGAAAGAGAAAGUUAUUGUAAUUGAAUGGAACCUAUGUAGCUUUCUGAAAAUGUAUGCUAUUGCCACUAAAGAAUGUAUGGUGAAAAUGACUGGAAAUGGAUCCAUGUUACAAAGGUUGCUUAUAUAUUUGUUUGACAGGUUUAUCAAUAAUGACAUAUUCAAUUUGUUAUGUAUGUGAUAAUAUAUAUUAAUAAAUUGUGAAACUGA